UGAACUGAAGUACUCUUACGUAUAGCAUUUGAGCUGAUGGCAGUGCCUCGUCCUUUUUUUCUUCCCCGCUGCCGUCUCUCCGUCACAAAUCCUCCUCCAACUCCGAACCAACUGACUCUGUAGCUGCGGCUGCCGGAGAUCGAACAACUGCCGCCUUAAUGGCGAUUGGCUCCAUUAAAAUGGCGUCCAGCGGGGUGUGUCCUCCGAUCAGACGGACACAGCUGCCGGCAGCCCUGCGAGCGGACGAGCGCGGGGCGAGAUCCGAGGAAGCGGAAGGGAGGAUCGAUGGCGAAGGGGAGGUCGGAGAUGGAGGUCGGACCCGACGGCGUCGCCGUCAUCUACGUCGCCAACCCGCCCGUGAACGCCCUCUCCAUGGACGUCAUGUAUAGCCUGAAAGGGCACUAUGAAGAGGCGCUUCGAAGGAAUGAUGUGAAAGCUAUUGUUCUUACAGGAAAUGGAGGGUCAUUUUCCGCUGGACUCGAUAUUAGUGCCUUUGCUGAUAUUCGCAAACUGGAGCAGCUAAAGGAUCACUGCAUAUUGAUUGAAGCCAUGACUGAUAUUUUCGAAGAUGCUGGGAAGCCAUCAGUGGCUGCUAUUGAUGGCCCUGCUCUUGGUGGAGGGUUAGAACUUUCCAUGGCAUGCCAAGCACGCAUUUCAACUCCUAAUGCUCAAUUAGGCCUCACGGAGGUUCAGUUUGGAGUAAUACCUGGAUUUGGAGGAACACAGCGCCUUCCCCGCCUUGUUGGACUGACAAAAGCACUUGAAAUGAUGAUGCUCUCGAAGCCAAUUAAAGCCGAAGAAGCCCAUGAGCUGGGUCUAGUCGACGCUGUCGUUUCACCUAACAAUUUGUUGAAUGAUGCCCGGCGUUGGGCUUUGGAUAUAUGUGAGUCGAAAAGGCCAUGGGUCCGAUCCCUCUACAAAACUGACAGGCUUGAAUCUCCUGAGCUGGCCAGAGAGAUCCUCAAUUCUGCCAGAGUUCAGUCUAGGAAGCGGGCUGCCAAUCUUCAGUAUCCAUUCGUCUGUAUCGAUGCUGUCGAAGAAGGUAUAGUUUCAGGGCCACGAGCCGGGCUUCGAAAGGAAGCCAUGGCUUUUCAGGAACUCUUUUUCUCAGAUACAUGCAAAAGCUUGAUUCAUGUGUUCUUUUCACAACGUGCAGCAUCAAUGGUUCCUGGGAUCACAGACUUGGGUCUGAUGCCAAGGAAGGUAUCUAAAGUUGCCAUUGUUGGUGGUGGACUUAUGGGUUCUGGAAUCGCAACCGCACUGAUACUGAGCCAUUAUCCUGUUAUACUCAAAGAAGUCGAUGAGAAAUUCCUAAACACAGGAAUCGACAGGAUCAAAGAAAACUUGCAGAGUCGUGUAAGGAAAGCAAAAAUGACCAAUGAGAAAUAUGAGAAGACACUCUCACUUCUUACAGGUGUCCUCGAUUAUGAUAAAUUCAGGAGUGUAGACUUAGCAAUUGAGGCAGCUGUCGAGAAUGUGAAGUUGAAGCAGCAGUUUUUUGCUGAAUUGGAGCAACACUGUCCUUCCCAUUGUAUUCUUGCCACUAAUACUUCCACAAUUGAUUUUAACCUAAUCGGAGAGAAGACAAAUUCCCAAGACCGCAUUGUUGGCACACACUUCUUCGCUCCAGCUCACAUCAUGCCUCUUCUUGAGAUAGUCCGCACCCCUCAUGCCUCUCUGCAAGCAGUUGUCACCUUGCUGGAUGUAGGGAAGAAGAUCAAGAAGAUACCAAUAGUGGUCGGAAACUGUACUGGCUUUGCGGUCAACCGGAUGUUUUUUCCGUACACUCAGGCAGCACUCUUGCUUGUUGAUCAUGGAAUGGAUGUUUACAAGAUCGACCAAGCUUGUACUGAAUUCGGGAUGCCAAUUGGUCCAUUCAGAAUGACAGAUUUGGUUGGUUUUGGAGUUGCUCUAGCCACAGGCAUGCAGUACCUUGAAAACUUCCCGGAGCGGGUGUACAAGUCAAUGCUGAUUCCUCUCAUGAUUGAAGACAAAAGAACAGGUGAAGCCUCCCAAAAGGGGUUUUACAGGUAUGAGGGUAAGAGGAAGGCGAGCCCUGAUCUUGAAAUCAUGAACUAUGUCGAGGAGUCGAGGAGAAUUGCCGGAGCCACACCGGAUCCCGAGUUGCUCAAGCUUGACAACAACGCAAUAGCAGAGAUGGUGUUCUUCCCGGUUAUCAACGAAGCAUGCCAUGUCCUGGACGAGGGUAUUACCUUCAAAGCCUUUGAUCUCGACAUCGCCUCCAUCUUCAGCAUGGGUUUCCCACCGUACAGGGGUGGCAUCAUGCAUUGGGCGGAUUCCAUCGGCGCAAGGUGCAUUUGCACGAUGCUGUCGGAGUGGGAGAUGAAGUAUGGCCAGUUCUUCAAACCUUGUAGCUGUUAGAGUUAUAAUACAAGUCAUGUACCCUUUUGUAUUUAUCCCAAUAUAUAAGGGAUUUUCCUGCAUAUAGUCCAUCACCUGUACAUGUAUAUAUAUCGGCCUAUGGCCUCAUGGGAAUACAAGUUGUUUAUUCCUAA